CUUUUGUACAUGAACAUCGAACAGGUAACUUUUAACGAGCGACUGCAGCUGUUGCACCUUCUACAAUUCUCUGAUCAUUCACAUCCUUCCGAUUUUGGAGCAGAUGAAGAUACGAAAGAAACAUUGCGUGCCCUUGACGUGAUCGCGAGUUGCAUCGCCACUGGCUUCGAAGGCGAAUUAUUCGCUGCAUCACUCGAUCCAACCACAAUUCCGCCCACCAUUAUUCUGUCCAAAACUGGUGCUAUUACAGAAGAAGACAAGAAUUUUGUCUCGUUGUUUCUCGACGCGUUUACCAGCCCCGAUACGCGCGAUUUCCGCCAGGUGUUUCCUGUCCUUUUUGCCCGUUGCUUUAUGAGCAUGAAAAUACGCAUGCAAAACCUCUAUGAAGCGGCCCGUCGGUAUCUUUGUCACCAUACUGCGCUACUUAACUCGUAUCAACCACUGUCCUUCAAGGAGGAGUUCCCUCAUUUCCACCUUCUACACCCAAAUCACGAUGACCGUGAAUUCGCAGAUACUUUUCACAUGCUCUUCGCCGACAUCGAGAAAGUCGCGUCUUCUCCCUUUCAUCGUGAUUUUCCAGUACUUUCUCAUGCUAAUUAUACCCGACUUCAUGUCUUGAGCGUUAUCAUUGCCUCCUCGCGUUUCAUAUCGGUCCAGACCGACGACGUGUUUUCGGAGAAAACCAAGGCUGCUGAUGAGCUGAGGAGGUGUUUGGAGAGGAUCAAACAAUAUGUCGGUGGCGUGAACACGCUGAUUCGUCGAAGUAGGCAAGUCUUCCCCGAUGGUAAUAUACCAGUCAGAUGGGUUGCGAGUCCCAGCGCAGCCGCUGAACGGUCCGUCGAGAUGGCUAUGACACCAUGGAUAGCCUUAAAGCGUUUGGGAUUUAAUUUUGAUGCAGGGAGGCAGCAAAGUAUCGUUACCCAGUUUCCUUCGUUUGAACGUAAUUGGCAGGCCGCUUGCCGCACUCGUAUCCACGCAAAGAUUGCUGUCCUCAGGUAUUUUCAUGAGCGAGGUCUGAUGGCCCCAGGCCGAUGCGCCAUUGGUUGUAGCGAGGAAUGCUGCUGGUGUUGCGACCAAUGGAUGAGUCGAUACAAUUCACUCUAUUCAAUGCGAUAUAUUUCGAGUAGCGCAUCCACGAAGAUACGCAUAGAUUGGGGGAUGUCUGGCUUGGUUCCAGUUGACUUUUUCAUCCAGGAAGAGCUAGGCUCCUCCAUCAAGGACCGGGUCAUAACGCGACGUCGCAAACGUGACUCCACGCUGUCGGAGAAAAACAAGUUGGGGAAGAUCGAGGAAAGCCGGGAAGACGAUGUGUGAGUGUGACGAUGUCGUAGAUUAAGAUUAUGUACAAAGCUAUUCAGCGCACCGAGGAAAUGGUGAGACGCAGCAUCAGCUUACCAUAAUUAAUGAAGAUGGAAAAGGACUACAAAGGCUCUAUGUAUACAGACGACAAGUAUGAAGACAAUCAGGAAAGAAGUUCA